AUGACCGACCUCACACCCACCAUCAACGAGCUUCUCACAAAGCAAGGCUCACAUAUCCCUCCCAGACCUCCCAGUACAGAAACCGCAGAUGAGUUCCUAAAGGAGGCAUACCGAAUUUCUAGAAGCGCCAUACCAUAUCUAACAAACCCCAGAACUCACACAUCCACUCCCUCCUCCAAUACCUCCACUCCAUCCGUCACGCCUACCUCUCAACCCAACCGCAACGGCGCAACGCGCCAACAAAACCCCCCCCAAAACACAACCCAAAUCCUCACCGACCCCGAACGCGACGCAAUCGACACAUCAACAGCCCUCCUCCUCCGCGACCUAGCAACCUCAAUCGCAAACCUCUCAUCCGCCGAAUCCCUCCGCCAAGAAACAUCCUCCACCCUCCUCCACCAGAAAUACGGCCACUCAGCCGCCGGCGCCCUUCUGCGCCGCUGGGCCGGUGGAAACAGCGCACUUUCCGAAAAUGAAGGCAAGUCUGUCGAGCAGGUGCAAGCGGAGGAGAGCGCGCGGGCGCUGGCCGCUGUGCGCGAGAGCGUGCUUUGGUUUCUGCGGCGCGGGCUGGAGGGGGCUGUCGGUGUGCAGCGGGGGAUGGUUGAGAAGCGGAUUGAGAGGGUGAGGGAGAAGGAGAAGAGUGUGCUCUAUAAGGUUGCGGCGGGGAGACCUGCUGGUGGGAAUGGUGGUGGUGGGCGGAAGAGUUCUGUAUCGUCGGGACAGCAGGUGGGGAGGGGUGGGUUUGAUGCUGGUUACCAGGCGCCUGAUGCGGUGGUCUUGAGUGAGGCGGAUACGGCAAGGAUUGAGGCGGAGCUUUCGCCGGAGCAAUUGCAGCUUUUUGAGGAGGAGAACGAUACUAUGUUGAGGCAUUAUGAGGAUACAUUGGGGAAGGUCCAGAAUGCGGAGAAAUCAUUACUUGAGAUCUCCUCUUUGCAGGAAACUCUUGUCUCUCACCUAGCUACGCAGGAGGAGUUUGUCUUCCAGCUUGUGGCGGAUGUGGAUACGACGUCGACGAAUGUUGGGCAGGGAAAUAAGGAGCUGAAGCGUGCUACUGAGCGGCGGAGUACAGCUCAGGCUGUCUUUUGGGGUACUGUUGGGUUAUGUACAUGGCUUGUGGUCUGGGAUUUGGUCUUUUAG